CCUCCAGAAUCCUUUUUGUCAAGUAGCUUAUUGUCGAUUGGCUACUGCGAGCGAUCUGGUAGGGAACUCUGCACGUGAGUCUAGUUCUGGGAGGAAGCUAUUCCCAGAAUCUACACAAAUCAGAAAAAGAAUGCUAUUGGUGCUUUGUUUCAAGGUGAUUGAUGGCAUCUGGAAUGUGGGGGGAUACCUGAGGAGCUCUCAGAACUAUCCUUCUAGUGCAAAGCACAGGCAGCGAUGAAGCCCUGAGACUGAACGCAUCAAAUGAGAAAUUGUCUACAGACGUCAAGGAAACUGCUGGAAUGGAUAAUAAGGAGAAUGGUUCAAUGGACACCAAAAACCCUGUUGAGAACGGACAGCUCCCUGACCCUGCGCACUGGGUAGUGUCAGAUGUUGUUAAUUAUUUUAAAGCAGUGGGAUUCGAUGAGCAAGCCUGUGCAUUUCAGGACCAGGAGAUAGAUGGCAAAUCUCUGCUGCUCAUGACAAGAAACGAUGUCUUGACUGGACUCUCAAUCAAGCUCGGACCAGCGCUGAAGAUGUAUGAAUACCACGUGAAGCCGCUACAAACACAGCACCUGAAGAAAAACACCUGGUAGCGCUCCCGUGUACAGCGCUGAUUACAAGCAGCAUUGUAUCCCAGGAUACCGUCACCAUGGGAAAGACAAUCAGUGGUGAAGACAACCAGGUAGACUUUUUGAAUUUUAACACAAGCGUGAGUCUUGAACUGCAUCUUAUUUAAUUUUACUUGAAUUACAAAACAGCUGAUGUUCAUGGUAUUUCUCCCUACAUUGUUAUUCAGGAUACUGGAGGGGAAUGAAUAAGGUAAAUAACCACUGUUGGUUCUAUGUUAAUGUAUAUUAAAGAAUUGCGCAUUAAUGUUUUUUUUAUCUACAAAAAAAGGUGGUUUUGAUGUCAAAUGGAGGGGGGGAAAUAUAUGUGCAUUAUGGGAGGUUUUUUUUUUUUUUUUACCAAAGUAGGUCAAGUUGGUUUUUCAGCUGGCCACAAAAUGUUAUGUAAUGAAAAGCCUACACAUUUUUAAAGUAAUUGGAUUGUUUAUGUAGCAUACAAGCAAUGUUCACAUUCUGUAUAUCCAAAAAACGGUGUCAGGCUGUACCUUGCAGGGGGUUGAAAUAAUGUGUUCAGUAACCCUUUUUGGGGUUCAUUAAUUCAAAUCAGACUUGUAUAUUAGGUAUUUUUUCAAAUUGUUUUAAAAAAAAGUUUAUAUGAAAUGAAAAAAAAUGUGCUGCCAACCUGCUUUAAUAAUUAAUCGCUGGGAAUUUUCAUGUGUAAUUUGAUAUUUUUGUGUGUAAUGGAAAUUAAUUGUAAAAACAUUGUACAUAGCCUAAUUUAAGGGAUAAAAAAUACAGGGAGUGGAGCUUCUUUCCACCGAAGUGGUUUAAUAUUCUGUAAUAUUGUGUUUACUGAAAGUGGUGCUUUCUUUGCCUACCAGAAUACAUCAUUCAUUCAAAGCGGUGUCAGUUUUCAUAACCUGUUUUCCCUUAGACCUGAGGGGCCCUGCUUUAACAGAGGCCUGGGGUUUGAGUUGUUUUAAUACUGCAGGUAACUAAAUGGUGCUGAUUCGGACUAACAUCAGAUUUCUUACUUACAUGCAAGCCUUAUCAGGGCUUGAAAUCCUUUGUCUGUCAGUGUGCACUUUUGUCAUCAUAGGUGAUAUACUGAACCCUGAAAGGCUUAUUUUAUAGCAAAUGAUAUUUAUAGUCAGUUGUUACCACACCGGAUGGUCUUUUCUGAAUGAGAUGUCUGUCAUAUUCAAGAAGCAGGGAAGGUGUACUGUGAAUUUAACUGUUGUUCCUCUUUUCUCCCUUGUAAACCCAGUGUAGUGUGGAAUAGCUGCUGAAAUACUGUGCUGUACCAAUUACAGCGUCACCUGUGCUCUUCAACUUUGGCACCCUUACCAAAUGAUUGUCAGUGGCAAUGUAAUGGCUGUACGAAGGGGCAUUGGUAGCACAAUGUAUGAGCCAUUGGUAAAACAGUUCCACUGUGGUAACAUUGUCAUAUGUAACAUACCAAUGCUCUGAACCAAUACGUAAUCCACUGCAGUACCAUAUCUGUACCAGUGUCCUGCGGUAUCAGGAUCACUGUACCAUUUAUUCCACAGUGCUGCCAUUGCUUAUAGUGGUCUGCUCACUAAAGAGGCCAGCCUAAUACACUUGUAUUAUAUUGGCAGCUCAAAGGGAUUUAUUGGAAUUAUCAGCACAUCAGGUAUUGGGGCUGCUGUGCUGACAGUUAUAAGGCAUUACAAACCUUACAAUAUAAGAUUGGCUGUAAUGGUUCUGGGAUUUGCAGUUAUUUUGUUACAGAACCUUUUUCUCUGUAUAUAUAACUGCACAGAUGGCAGUGGGAUUGAUAUAAAGCUGUAUACUGUAUACAGGCACUGCAUUGCCUCUGCAGAUUACCUUUAGGAUGUGGUGUCUGCAGUCUGCCUGCCCAGCAUUCACUAUAGACAGGUUCUCAUUAUUAUUCAAGACAAGAAGGGGGUUUGCAGUUCAAAUGGAAACACAGGAGCGUUCCUUUGGGUUGAUAUGUUAAUUGCUCGGGCCAACACCUUCUAAAGCGAGAGCCCAAGCCUUUGUAGUUGCUUUGUAGUACUGAGAUGCCUGACAGCUGUAUUAAAGCGGAGUGCAGUACCUUCAAGUUUUCCUUUGAUGUUUCUUUAAAGUGUUUAACAUUUAAUUUAUCUGAAUUGUUCUGAUAAUCAUCAACCAGAAAUAAUAAUAAAAACAUAAUAAUAAAGUGCUCAGUCACACUAACAAGGGAAAAUAGCAGGGCUAAUUGAGAAACCCCUUGUUUUUUUAAACUGGUGUAUGUAAAUAAAUCAAAAUGUUAAUGUGUAUGCUAAGUGUGUAUUUUGUGAUGGUGAUGAGUUUUAUUCCCAUGUGUAGUAUGCAAAUAAGUUUUAUUACAUAGCCUCAGUUGUGUUAAUGUUACAUACGGUGAAGUGAUAUGUUUUACUGCAUUUUUUUUUUUUGUGUGUGUGUGUGAUGUAAAGUACGGAGUACAACCUUCAGAACUGCAUAAAUCUACUUGCCCGACACCCAGUGCUUACAAAACUGGUAAACUGUUUGAGGUAAAAUGUGGUUUUAACUGCAGACUCUGGUGAGACUUUCAGUAUCACUGGCAGGAUUACUCCCUUAAUAGGUAUUGCCAACAGAUGGCAGGUGUAACAUGAGGCUGAUAGUUCAGAGAGCAGAUAUAACAUGAGGCUGAUAGUUCAGAGAGCAGGCACCUGAUCAUUUUAAAAUCAAGUCUGCCCAAGGUAGUUCUAAAGCAAAAGCAGGCCUGGGUGCAUGGUAAUGGAUUAGUCCAGCCCUGAUCAAGUUGUGUAAGAGACUGUUAAGAAAAAAAAUAAAAAUACCUGUGUCAGGGAACCAAAGACAAGCCACUGAUAACCUUUUUUUCCGGAUUCCAUGUGGCUGCUUUAUCGAGCAUAUAAUAAACUAGCAGAGUAAACGUCAAUCUGCAACUUGAUCGUUGAUACAACAAUAAAUGUGUAAAUGUGUGUAGUUAUCUCCAGUUGUGCAAAAUUUUGCAACGUGUCUGGUGUAGUGCAAUAAAAAUAGUUUCAUGUGUCGGUGGCUGUGAUGAAAAUUAGACAAAUGUGUACUUUGCCCUAACUUCACUUUUCAGAAAAUGUCUUUGAAUCCUUCAGAGCCUGGACAGUGGCUUCCUCCUGAUGAUGCCUGCAAUAUUACCUGAAGGGUUGUCCAGAGGUAAGAGAACCUGAAAUGAAAGAAAUCCAGAGAGACACUUGUAAUUUAUUGUUAAUUCUCCCUGCAUAAUCUGCCCCAAAUGAAUGUAAGAAAUACCAGUACUACAUGGUAUUUCAAACUGAUGUAUUUCUUGCUUGCAUUAGUCAGUGUUUCACGGGGACAGGUUAAUGGUUACACUCUGGUGUCCUAGAUGUGCACCGAUGUUAGACAUGAUUCUGAGAGCUCUACUUACGGUCACAUGAGUGCUUUAAACUUCUGAAUUUCAAAGCCACCAGUAUGUGAAGACCAAAACAGAAAUCCAAAUAAGAAGAAUGAAGGGUCUCUAAGUUUGCUCUCCAGAUAUCAGUGCUGCUGUUGCUCAUUCUGAUCAGUGGGCAUGUCGCUGGUUAAUACUGCUGCCUUAAAAUGAAAGCAUCCUACUUUCCCAUUCAGUUGACUCAUCGUUGGAUUGGGGCAUUUGAGUACAGUAAGUUCAGUACAUUCACUUCAAAUCGCAUGCACAGUAAUGGUAUCUAGACCAGUGGAUACACAGCUUUUUAAAAUACAGAUAAGACAGUCACAUAUUUAGUUGCAGUAUUAUGACAUGAGCAAUACUCUGCUGUAAUAAGGUUACUUUCCACUACUGGGGAAAAAAAGCUUUUACUUAAAGCAUUCUCAUCUUUAAUAAAAUAUGAUUCAUCUUUAAGUGCAGUCUGUAUGAUAUAUACACGUCGAAAUACAGAUUUGAAUCACACUUUUAAUUAUGUUAGAUUCAAUUAGAAUAGGUAAUAAUUAUCAUUAUAAGAUUUGUGUACCCCUGGAGUAUAAUUCUACUCUAUGCAGUAUAUUAUAUCUGUUAACAAAUGACACAUGUUGUGUAGUACCCCUCUAUAUAGUUACUGAUUUAUAGUUGAACCUUGUCUCACCUCACCCUUAUGGUCAAUCCCCAUUUUUGACAUGUCUAUAGUAAAAUAAUGCUUGUUUGGCAAAUAAAAACAGAAUUUGUUUAAUAGAUGAAUAGACAUUAA